CACGAACCUUUCCCUCCCUCUCUCUCUUCGCUUCUCUCUCCUCCUCCGCUGGUGACGCGUACGUGCCCGCCUUUUUCUCUCUCUCUCUCGAUCGGUUCCACUCCAUCACUUCCAAUCCCUCCCUCACCACGCACGCCGCUUUCUUUCUCCCUGCCGCGCCAAAGAAGGAAACGAAGCAACGGCCAAGAAGAACCCGCGCGGGAGAAGAGCACUCUACCUCUUAAUGCUCCUCUGAUCCGAGAGCACUAGAGCCGGAGGGAACAGUCGGCGAUGGCGGGAAACGAGUGGAUCAAUGGGUAUCUGGAGGCGAUCCUGGACAGCGGCGCGGCCGCGGGUGGAGGGGGAGGCGGGGACCCGAGGUCGCCGGUGGCGGGGGCGUCGGCGAGCCCCCGCGGCGCGCACAUGAACUUCAACCCGACGCACUACUUCGUGGAGGAGGUGGUGAAGGGCGUCGACGAGAGCGACCUACACCGGACGUGGAUCAAGGUCGUCGCCACCCGCAACGAGCGCGAGCGCAGCACGCGGCUCGAGAACAUGUGCUGGCGGAUCUGGCACCUCGCGCGCAAGAAGAAGCAGCUGGAGCUGGAGGGCAUUCAGAGGAUGUCCGCACGGAGGAAGGAGCAGGAGCAGGUGCGCCGCGAAGCUGAAGACCUCGCGGAGGACCUGUCGGAAGGAGAGAAGGGGGACACCCUCAGCGAGCUGGCACCAGUAGAAACGGCCAAGAAAAAGUUCCAGAGGAAUUUCUCUGACCUCACCGUGUGGUCUGACGAAAACAAGGAGAAGAAGCUUUACAUUGUGCUCAUCAGUGUGCACGGUCUUGUUCGUGGUGAAAACAUGGAACUAGGUCGGGAUUCAGAUACCGGUGGCCAGGUGAAAUAUGUCGUCGAACUUGCAAGAGCGCUCUCGAUGAUGCCUGGCGUGUACAGAGUGGACCUCUUCACUCGUCAGGUGUCUUCUCCUGAUGUGGACUGGAGCUACGGCGAACCAACCGAGAUGUUAACCUCCGGUUCCAAUGAUGGAGAGGGGAUGGGUGAGAGCGCGGGGGCGUACCUUGUGCGCAUACCGUGUGGGCCAAGGGACAAGUAUCUCAAGAAGGAAGCCCUGUGGCCUUACCUCCAAGAGUUCGUCGACGGAGCGCUCGCGCAUAUCCUGAACAUGUCCAAAGCCCUGGGAGAACAGGUUGGCAAUGGAAGGCCAGUCUUGCCUUAUGUGAUCCAUGGCCACUAUGCCGAUGCUGGAGAUGUCGCUGCUCUUCUUUCUGGUGCGCUGAAUGUGCCGAUGGUGCUCACUGGUCACUCACUUGGGAGGAACAAGCUGGAGCAGAUUCUGAAGCAAGGGCGCGUGUCCAAGGAGGAGAUCGACUCAACCUACAAGAUCAUGAGGCGUAUCGAGGGCGAGGAGCUGGCCUUGGAUGCGGCGGAGCUUGUCAUCACGAGCACAAGGCAGGAGAUUGAUGAGCAGUGGGGAUUGUACGAUGGAUUCGAUGUCAAGCUCGAGAAAGUGUUGAGGGCACGGGCGAGGCGUGGGGUUAGCUGCCAUGGACGUUUCAUGCCUAGGAUGGUGGUGAUUCCUCCUGGAAUGGAUUUCAGCAACGUUGUGGUUCAAGAGGAUAUCGAUGGAGAUGGUGACAGCAAAGAUGAUAUUGUCGGUUUGGAGGGUGCUUCACCGAAGUCGAUGCCCCCAAUAUGGGCUGAGGUGAUGCGGUUCCUAACCAAUCCUCACAAGCCGAUGAUCCUGGCUUUGUCAAGGCCCGACCCGAAGAAGAACAUCACCACCCUUGUCAAAGCGUUUGGAGAAUGCCGCCCGCUCAGGGAACUUGCAAACCUAACUCUGAUCAUGGGGAACAGGGAUGACAUCGAUGAUAUGUCUGCUGGCAACGCUAGCGUCCUCACCACAGUCCUGAAGUUGAUCGACAAGUAUGAUCUGUACGGAAGCGUGGCCUUCCCCAAGCAUCACAAUCAGGCCGACGUCCCGGAGAUCUACCGCCUCGCGGCAAAAAUGAAGGGCGUCUUCAUCAACCCUGCUCUCGUUGAGCCGUUCGGUCUGACCUUGAUCGAGGCUGCGGCGCAUGGGCUCCCAAUCGUCGCCACAAAGAACGGCGGUCCGGUUGACAUUACUACUGCACUGAACAAUGGACUGCUUGUGGACCCGCACGACCAGAGCGCCAUCGCCGACGCGCUGCUGAAGCUGGUGGCCGACAAGAACCUGUGGCAGGAGUGCCGGAGGAACGGGCUGCGCAACAUCCACCUCUACUCGUGGCCGGAGCACUGCCGCACGUACCUCACCAGGGUGGCCGGGUGCCGGAUAAGGAACCCGCGGUGGCUGAAGGACACGCCGGCGGACGCUGGCGCCGAGGAGGAGGAGUUCCUGGAGGACUCGCUCAUGGACGUCCAGGACCUGUCUCUCCGUCUGUCCAUCGACGGCGAGAGGGGCUCCCUGAACACUACCGAGCCGCCGUCGUCGGACCCGCAGGAACAGGUGCAGAGGAUCAUGAACAAGAUCAAGCAGUCGUCGUCGGCGCUUCCGCCAUCCGCGUCCUCGGACGCCGAAGGUGCCAAGAACGCAGCCGAGGCCACCGGCGGCGCCGUGAACAAGUACCCACUCCUGCGCCGUCGCCGGCGGCUGUUCGUCAUCGCCGUGGACUGCUACCACGACGACGGCCGCGCUAGCAAGAGGAUGCUACAGGUGAUACAGGAGGUCUUCAGAGCGGUCCGGUCGGAUUCCCAGAUGUCCAAGAUCUCGGGUUUCGCGCUGUCCACGGCGAUGCCGCUGUCGGAGACGCUCCAGCUUCUGCAGCUCGGCAAGAUCCCCGCGACCGACUUCGACGCGCUCAUCUGCGGCAGCGGCAGCGAGGUGUACUACCCCGGCACGGCGCACUGCGUCGAUGCCGAGGGUAGGCUGCGCCCCGACCAGGACUACCUGCUGCACAUCAACCACCGGUGGUCCCAUGACGGCGCGAGGCAGACCAUAGCCAAGCUGAUGGCACAGCAGGACGGUUCAGGUGUCGCCGUCGAACAGGACGUGGCGUCUUGCAACGCGCACUGCGUCUCGUUCCUCGUCAAAGACCCCCAUAAGGCGAAAACGAUCGACGAGAUGAGGGAGAGGCUGAGGAUGCGAGGCCUCCGGUGCCACAUCAUGUACUGCCGGAACUCGACGAGACUACAGGUUGUCCCUCUGCUAGCAUCAAGGUCACAAGCUCUCAGGUAUCUUUUCGUGCGCUGGGGCCUAUCUGUGGGGAACAUGUAUCUGAUCGUCGGAGAACACGGCGACACUGAUCUAGAGGAGAUACUCUCCGGUUUACACAAGACCGUGAUUGUCCGAGGCGUCACCGAGAAAGGCUCGGAUGCGCUGCUGAGGAGCUCAGGAAGCUACCACAGGGAAGAUAUCGUCCCGUCUGAGAGCCCCUUAGCUGCUUACACGCUUGGUGAUCUGAAAGCCGACGAGAUCAUGCGGGCUCUGAAGCAGGUCUCAAAGACUUCCAGCGGCAUUUAAAUUUGCCGCUGGGAAGUCUGUUCUCUGAUAUCUUCACUACAUAAUCUUAUGAACAGUACCACGAGUGUAUAUCUUGCAGUGAGAUAACUAGGACACUGCUAAUUCUACUGGUGGCUCACAUGAUUGUGAACAGCAAUCAAUUAAUACUGUAGCCAGCGUCUACAGUAUUUUUACUGUAUUCCUCAAGUAGUUUGAAGCACACAUAACAAGUACAUAUUCAGAAUUGAGAUGAUUUGGAACAUUCUCCCAAUGAGUGUGCAGAACCUAAACAAGAGAAUAUAUUGCUGGAUAUGAACCGACAUAAUUGGAACA